CACGUUGCUUAGACACAUUACAUUUUGUUUAAUCAAUAUUUUAUGCAGCGCUAUCAUAGCGCCGCUAUGUAGAAUUUUGCAGCAAACGAGGAAAGUGUUGUAUUGAAACAAGUGCAUUAUUUGUGAAAAUCUGGAUUCUAAUUAUGCCAGCAAUAGUUAUCAAAGAUUAUCACUGGCGGCAGACGGAAAAGAAGAUAAUAAUUUAUGUACCGCUAAAAGGUCGUCCCAAAAAAGUCGAUUUAUUCGUCAUGGAUAAUUAUGUUAAAGUACGUGACUCUUUUUUUAAAUAUCUUUCAAAACAAUUAGAAGAUUUACAUAAUCAAUUUUCCUUGAAGAUUAGCUUUUCUCCGUUCAUUUUGGAAUUAUUUCUGUGGGAAAACGUGCUUGAAGAAGACAGUGAAUGCACCUUAGCGGAUACCGAAGCUAUCUUUUCCUUACAAAAAGCGCAGAUGGCUCUCGACUGGCCAAGUCUCGAGAUCAAUGAUAUUGAUAAGGAGCAAAAACGUGGAUUUAGAAACAAAAUUCUAGAAAAAGCACAAAGUGUCUUAGAAAGUCGUGCGAAAUUUAGAAGUGAAAAACGUCAACAACUGCAAAAGAAGGCAGUGAAAGUACAGAUUGAGUUAGAUACUGAUACAUUAAACAAGAUAGAAUCUUUAAGAGACUCUCAACGAAAGGCCGCAAUGCAAGAUUUUGAAGAAUGGCGAUCAAACGCGGAAAAACCAUUUCUUCAAUAUAUAUCUGGCGAGGUGCAAGAAAAUAGGAAAGCAUACAGGCCUCCGCUUAAAUGGUUCAAAGACGAACAUGACCUCGUGCGAUCUCGAGAAAUUAAUUCGAAAGAAGAGGAAGCAGUGAAAGAGAUAGAACAAGAAAAAUCAGUAGUUAUAGAGGAAUUAAAAGACGAAUCAAUUAUUGAAGAAGAGAUAAAGAAAAAACUAACUGAAAAAAACGAAGAUAACGUAAAAGAAAAAUUAAUUAUCGAAGAGAAAUUUAAAGACGGACUAACUGUUGACGAAAAUUUAACGAUAGAAUCAAUUAAUAAAACGAGUCUAAAAGAGGACACAGUCAAUGAAGAAUUCCGAGGAAAGACGAAUACUUCAACGAAUAAUUCAGCACAGAAGAAAACAGCAAUUCCACACGAGAGUUUUAAUCUUGAACAAAGUUGUUCCGAGGAUUCCGAGUCGGAUUAUGAAACUGCAUAUCCAAAAUCUUUAACGGGUCCUUUAAUCAAAGAAAUGGACCAAAAAUCCUUACAGAAAUUCUAUGCGAAAAUGAAGAAACAGCGACCAGAUCAGAAUUUGAUCGACAGAGUGCUGAAGAACAAAUAUUCCAAGAUAAACCGAAUAUUUGAUGAACCUGAAAAGGCAGUUCCUCUUCCUAGAAAAAACGGGACCAUCAAUAUUACUUUCUCUGAACGAGCCUUUCCCACUCCAGCGAGGGAGAGUUCUCACGUAGAGGAGCAAGAAUGGCUCGCCAAGGUAGCGGAAGCUAGAAGGAAAACUGGAUUCGUCGUUGAGGAUCUCCGUCCUGAGGAACAGGAUCCUCAGUGGUUGAAGGAUAAGGGCGAUGAUUUCUUCAAGGCAGGAAAUUAUUUGGCUGCUAUUAGCGCGUAUACGCAUGGAAUUAAAAUCAGUGAUAAAAUGGCUGCGCUCUACGUGAACAGAUCCGCUGCGCAUUAUGCUCUUGGAAAUUAUUAUAGGUGUAUUGAAGAUUGUUCUAAGGUGCUAGAAUUGAUGGAACCAAAGUGCGAAAGUAACAGAGUAUCGCGUGCGAGAUGUCACGCUCGUCGGGGUGCCGCGUUGUGUAAAUUGUCUGCACCGCAGCAUGGAAUUCCCGAGCUAGAAGCUGCCUUGCAGUUGGAUCCUAGUAACGACAGCAUCAAACACGAUCUUUACACCGCUAAACAAUAUUUUAAUUUAAAGGAAUAAAAAUGAACACCUGUGGUUCGUUUUUCUUAAGAUUUUCUUCAGAUAAUUACAAAAAUGUUUCAAUUUAUCCAUUUAUUACAUAUAUUAUGUAAGAUACAUGAAUCUAUAAAAAGAUUCUUUUUCUCUGAUUUUUCUCACAGUGAUAAUUCUCUUUUAUCAAGGCACGAAUUCGUUUUAUUCGUUUUAUAUCAAAAGGAAAGAAAAAUAUGGAAUAUAAAACAACGAAAAUAUCACAGAAGUUCACAUAUAAAGUCUUCAUGUUAAGAUUCUUACAGAUUCUUAUGUAACUUAUAUUUUGUAUUUUGUAAAAUAGAAAUCCUAAUUUUCAGAA